GGGUCAGCGACAGGCGCACUUUCGGCCCGAGCUUCUGCCGCUUUGCUUGGGAGGGCUCGAACUGGCGCCCGGAAGACGUGAUUUUCAAAGCUAAUUAUGAAAACAUUUGUCAUUGGAAUCAGUGGUGUGACAAAUGGCGGGAAGACAACACUGGCUAAGAAUUUGCAGAAACACCUCCCAAACUGCAGUGUCAUAUCUCAGGAUGAUUUCUUUAAGCCAGAGUCUGAGAUAGAGACAGAUACAAAUGGAUUUCUGCAGUAUGACGUGCUUGAAGCGCUUAACAUGGAAAAAAUGAUGUCCACCAUUUCCUGCUGGAUGGAAAGCCCAAGACACUCACUGGCAUCAACAGACUCUGGAAGCACCGAGGAAAUUCCCAUAUUAAUCAUCGAAGGCUUCCUUCUCUUUAAUUAUAAGCCCCUCGACACUCUGUGGAACCGAAGCUACUUUCUGACGAUCCCUUAUGAAGAAUGUAAGAGGAGGAGGAGACACAAAGAAUACCAAUUAAUUGAAAGCUUAAGCCAACACAUCAGUACAAGGAUCUACGAGCCUCCAGACAUCCCAGGGUACUUUGACGGCCACGUGUGGCCCAUGUAUCUAAAGCACAGACAAGAAAUGGAGAAUAUCACAUGGGAAAUUGUUUACCUAGAUGGAACAAAGUCAGAAGAGGAUCUCUUUUCACAAGUGUAUGAAGAUCUCAUACAAGAACUAGCAAAGCAAAAGUGUUUGCAAGUAACAACAUAAAGAUGGACUGCACUGAAUCCUUCCUGGGAUGAAUUAGGAAACUCAAAGGAGUAUAUUUAAGAAGCCUUAGCCAAGAUACAAUAAGUACUUUGGUAUGAUAACAUCUGUUGGUUCGUUUGUUUGUGUUAUCACACAUGGUUUCCCCGACAUCUGGAACAGUAAAUCAUUAUCCACACCACCGGACAGGAAUUUACCUUAAUGAGUUGUUCUUGCUCCAAGGAGUACAGAGAGAGAGCAUAGCUCAUAAUGAGUCAGUUCCUCUGGACCAGUGGUUGUCAAACUUCUCUGAGUGGGACCCAGAGUACCAAAUAAGAUUUACAUCACAAUCCAGUAUAUAUGUAACCUAUUGUGCUUGUAUGUGUCUGUG